UGUAGAUUCUGCACGGAGCAGGACGCUGCUUUGGCGAUGGGGAGAAACCUGCCGUCCCAGGGCUUUCUUACUGGUAAAAUCCGACUGUCCUACUGGGAGGAGGAACUUGGAAACCCUGCGGCCCCCGGGUUUAUUUGAGGUGAGGGGGGCUGGGAGACAGGAAUGGCAAAGAAUGUCUUCGGAGGUGGAACCAGAACCAGCUGCUGAAACAACUUCGAGCAGCCCAGAGGGAGGAACAGCAGCACCUGCAGAUGUUCGAGAGGAGCAACGCCCUGUCAAGCAGUCCUUGAGUGCCUCCAUGUGCAGAGAAUCCCACUGGAAAUGCCUCCUUCUUUCCAUCCUUAUGUAUGGCUGCCUGGGUGCUGUGGCCUGGUGUCAGCUAGCCCGAGUCACCAAGCUCAGCUUUGAUAGCUCCUUCAAAGGCAAGUCUAUGAUCUACCACGAUAGCCCGUGCUCUGAUGGCUAUGUCUACAUCCCCCUAGCCUUCCUCACCAUGCUGUACGUGGCCUACCUGGUGGAGUGUUGGCACUGCCAUGCCAAAAGCGAACUCCAGUACAAGGCAGAUGUGGACAGUGUCUAUGACCGUAUCAACCGCAUGCAGCAAGCCACUCCCUGUAUCUGGUGGAAGGCCAUCAGCUAUCACUUUGUGCGACGCACCCGGCAGGUGACCCGGUACCGCAAUGGUGAUGCCUAUACCACCACGCAGGUCUACCAUGAGCGGGUCAACACACAUGUGGCUGAAGCUGAGUUUGACUACUCUCACUGUGGAUUCAAGGACAUCUCCAAGGAGCUACUAGGCUUAGAAUGCUACACAGCCACGAAGCUGAAGUUCACCAAGUGCUUCAGCUUUGCCAACACAGAAUCAGAGAACUCCUACCUGACCCAGAGGACUCAUUUUUUCACAGAGAUUGAGGGGCUGGAUGACUACAUGGAGGUCAGGGAAGGCAUGCAGCUCAAAAACAUAGACUUCAAAGAGCUUAUGAUGGCCUAUGGGGACCCAGAGCAUCUCCCAUGGUACGUGUCCCACUAUACUUUCUGGGUGGCAGCUGUCUUGAUGAUUUCCUGGCCACUGCGGGUGCUCAUAGAGUAUCGGACUGCGUACGUGCACUACCAUGUUGAGAAGCUCCUCGGCCUGGAGUACACAGUGCCCGGCAUAGCAGAGGAGCCCCUGUAUAGGUAUCGCAUGCCCCGGGAUAACACUCAGGACAGCACUGAACUGGAAUGGCACAUCUGUACCAACCGACAGCUGAUCCCCAGCUACUCGGAGGCCAUGCUCCUGGACCUGACAGACUCCCCUGUGUACAAUGGCUACUCCAUGUGUGGGUACAGUGAAAUAGCUCAUGGCUGUGAGCGCUGCAACCAGGCCUCCAGCAACUCCUCCAUCUUCUCCCGCUAUGCCUUCCACAGUGGCAGCGGAAACUCACGCCUCUCCCUCAACACCAGCCGCUUCUCUUUGUGCCGGGUUCAUGGCUCCCACAGGACAGGCCUCGGGAGGAGCUGCAGCAGCAGCAUUGCGGACCGUGGCUGCCAGGAUGAACAAUGUUGCUCUUACUCUAGUCAGCUAGCCAUCAAUGAAAACCCACCCACCUACCAGGAUGCCCGCUUUUUCCCAGUGUUAAUUGUGCACAGGCCUGAAGGGCACGAGGGGAGGCGCUUCUACAUCCGGCGCUCAUCCUGCCUGGAGACGUCUCUGUGAUCAGGCCUUAUGGCUCUAUGGCUCCUCCCUCUCCAGGACAGCUCCAUUGCACUAGUGCUGUUUGACAGAGAUGCUAUCAGCAGGGAAACCGUUAACUUCAAGACUGUGCCACCACACACUAGCUCCACAGGGCAAACUCUCCAAUUCUAAUUCCCCUCACUGCCAAUGCAAGAAAAUAUAUCCACUCUGACAAGCAGCUACUCGUUUCUCUUCCUCACAUUUUCCAUUACUUCCCCAUCACUGGGUGUCCCCUCUCUUUUUUCCUCUUGCCUCCCCUUCUUCUGCUCAUCAGUCACCCUUUUCCUUUCUUCCCCUGUUUCUGUCUCCUCUCUCAUUCCCAUCUCCAUCCUCCCCUCACAUUUCAGUCAUUAUACUUUGCACCACAACAGCAAUUUUCACCUGAGGAUCUCAAAGCACUUUGCAAACACUGAUGCAUUUAGCCUCCCAACUCUCUUGUAAGGCAGGAAACUGAGGCCCAGAGAGGUUAAGUGAUUCGCCCAAGAUCACACAGCAAGUCAGUGGCAGAGCCAGAAGCAGAAUUCAAAUCUGCAGACUCCCAGUCACCUGCUGUUACCACCAGACCAGGCUUAUCUUUCCCUCCUCCUUCUCUCAUUUACUCCCUCCCUCUUUCACUGUCUCCUGUUCUUCUCUGUCCACGCCUGUCUUUCUUUCUGGCUGUCUCGGUUCUGCUCCUUAAGUUCUCGUCAUUCCUUCCCAGGGUCUUAGAGAGCUGGAUCUUGCCUAAUCAAAGUGUCUUCCUUGCUUUCCAGGUACAGCCAUUUAGUACUGGUAAGAAAUUAUAUCUACACAGCACAAGUGUAAUGGUCCAUUUGUAUAAUCAAAGGGCCUGAUACUGAAAGGUGCUGCGCACCCAGCACUUUCGCUGAAGGGUCAAGCCCCAGAAUACUGAAGUUUACCAGUAAAAGGAAAGAACAUGCUCCAUCCCACCUUUCCUCCUACCCCAUCACGCUCCCAGGCCUUGUCAGUAAACAUUUCCUCCUGUUGCUAGCCCCAUUUCCACUCUUCAGAGUUAGGAAUGUUGGAGGCACUAAUGUAGACUGAGUGCUGGUUGGCACCACCAUUUUUAGCAUUGUGACCCUAUUUCCCAGGUACUUCAUUCCUACACCUGGCACAGGAAUGGGGUGGCCAAGAGGCAAAGGUGGUCUUUUGUCACCUUUGUGCUCCCCAUAUUCUGGGGCUGUUUGGAGGUUGCCACAGCCCUCAGUGUAAGUUAGAGCAACCUCAGAGCUGCUCUAACUUAAACUCUGCUUCCCAUGCCUUCUAUGGGCCCUGGGAAACAAAGAAUAGCUGUAGCUCUGUUUACUAAGCUACAUCCCCUGCCCCAUUCUCAGCAUCCCACUCCAUCACCCCAACAUCAGGGGUUGGGAGCACAGCUGUAUCAGGCUAGUUCUAUGCUGGCUAGGAGACCCAUUUUGCAGGGGUAUCCUUGGGGUGCUGUUUCUCCUCCCCAUAAGGCCCCUUUAUGCUGCCAGACCAUGGUAAAGGUGCCUUAGUGUAAUGGCAGAUUGGCCCCUGUGUCAUCUAAUCCUGCUCAGAGCAGGUCUAAAUGACACACUAGUUAAAAUAGCAGUGGCAGCCCAUGACACAUCUACAACAGGGUACUCUACUGCCGGUGGAGCUGAACUGCCGCUAGCAACAAUAGACAAGGCUCUAGGCUCAGCCAGUGGCAUUCCUGCUUUCUCACCUUGGGAGUCAGCAUUUUUUAAACAUUUCUUAGCUCCAAGAUCUGAACGAAUCAAAGGUGGCUGGCCGUUCUCAGGAACCGCGAAGGGACCAUCUCAGAAUGCAAACCUGCAUCCAAUGAGUGAUCGUCUAACACUGAACAAGACCUAGAAAUGUUGUUGGGUGGAUUGUGGACAUCAUGAUUAUCAGUGGCUUACAGUGAAUAUCAGAAUGCAAUACAGUAUUUUUCAGAAACAAGGUGUUUUAAUACCACAUGGCUAAUAAAUAAGAAACAUUGUCCACUAAGGGAUUGUUAAAAAUGCUUACUCCCAAAUCAGUUUCUUAUAUAUCUACUUGUAAUUUGAAAUCUGUACUGUCUGUUUGGUAUGUGUAGAUCAGAUCUGUAUCUAUACAUAUACAGUGAUUUCUUAUGGCAUUGACUGUUGCAUCAUGUAAAAAUCCUUUCGGUUUAAUUAUUCUGUUUUGUAAUACUGCUUUUAUUUCAACACGAGAGAUAGGGAUUGCUUUCACAUAUGCAACACAAAGUUCAUCUGUAAAUGAUGGUGAUUGCAAUCAAAAGGUUGUCUCAGUCUACAGGAAUUUAUCUAUUUCUAUAAAUGUUUUAUGCAAGUGCUUACCACUCUGACAGCUAGGCACUAAUUACAAAAGUUAGGAAACAUACCUGAUGCUUUUAGUUUAUUACCUUUAAAAAAAGUGCUUAGAGUUACCUGCCCCAAUACUUAGAAGAGCCGGAUCUAGGUUUGGGUGAGUUUUCAGAGAUGGACUCAACCCAAAAUCUCAAUUGUGAUAAACCUCAAACGUAGGAAGAAUUCAGACCUAGAUUCACACUAUAAUGAGCCACCCAAACCCUCAGAUCUGAACAACGGCAUACUCCACCACCACUCAGAACAGGGGGAGAUUUUAAAUCCAGAUCAAGAGUCAGGUCUGAGCUCUAUAGCUUGAGCUCAUCUCUAAUUAUUUUUAGAUGGAGUAGUUGAGACUGUUUAAUAUGAUUCCCUUUCUCCUUUACAUACACACAGGCGCAGAGUUAAACUGAGAGCAUAUGAAAGACUUAAGAACCGGAGGAGGCUGCAGCUUCCAGAAAUACAGGAACUGGACACAUUUCAGCAUGAUUUCCUACUAGAAGAGGUGAUGGAGAGGUAGAGGAGAGGGAGAAGGGAACACGAAAGGAGACAGAAAAGGGAUGAUAGAGGCAUACACACUAAGUGAAAGGAAGAGGCUCAGAUGUGGAUAAAGAUAGCUCUCAGCCUGCGAUCACACAACCAUGUCAGAUAACAAGGUUACAGUGCGAGUACCCCCAACACAGUUAAAAUGUGGUUCAGUCUUGGAGCGUAGCUGGAGCCUACAUCUCUGAACUGUGCGAAAGCCCCAGUCACAUCCAAGGCUCUAGCGCAGUCAGUUUGGGGACAUGGUUAAA